AACCUCCCAAAAACCUCUCUUCAUCAAAUGACUUUAUCUACUCUUCAUCUUCCUCAUCCCCUGAUUAUAACUUCCCAGAAACUUCACCGUUCUGCAUCCUUCAGAGCUUCAAACUCUUUAUCUAUUAAUGUCGCAUUUUCCAUUAGAAGAAGAGCUUCAUCCUUGGCUGUCUCGGCCAAAGCCGCUUCUUCUUCUUCGCUUUAUACGGCAACAACAACACAAAUCCAAGAACAGGAAGAAUAUCACCAUGGUGUCAACAUAGCGGAGGACGUAACCCAGUUGAUUGGGAGAACACCAAUGGUAUAUCUCAACAGAGUUACGGAGGGUUGUGUCGCAAAUGUUGCCGCUAAACUUGAAUCUAUGGAACCUUGCCGUAGUGUCAAGGAUAGAAUUGGUUAUAGUAUGAUAUCUGAGGCUGAAGAAAGUGGAGCGAUUUCUCCGGGGAAGACUGUAUUAGUUGAACCAACUACUGGGAAUACAGGACUUGGUAUCGCUUUUGUUGCAGCAGCCAGGAGAUACAAACUUAUAGUCACCAUGCCUGCAUCCAUAAACAUUGAAAGAAGGAUACUUUUACGUGCAUUUGGGGCAGAAAUUGUUCUGACUGACCCAGAGAAAGGUCUGAAAGGAGCAGUUGAUAAAGCUGAAGAAAUUGUUCUGAGGACACCAAAUGCCUUCAUGUUUCAGCAGUUUGAUAAUAUGGCUAACGUAAAGAUCCAUUUUGAUACUACAGGACCGGAAAUAUGGGAGGAUACUUUGGGUUGUGUUGACAUAUUUGUUGCUGGAAUUGGAACUGGUGGUACUGUAACUGGGACUGGGAAAUUCUUGAAAAUGAUGAACAAAGAAAUCAAGGUAGUUGGUGUUGAACCUGCAGAAAGGAGUGUGAUAUCUGGAGAAAACCCAGGUUAUGUGCCAAGCAUCUUGGAUGUUAAACUGCUUGAUGAGGUUAUCAAGGUUACCAAUGAAGAAGCUGUUGAACUGGCGAGGAGAUUAGCACGUGAGGAAGGUUUGCUGGUUGGAAUUUCAUCGGGAGCUGCUGCAGCUGCAGCAAUCAGCUUAGCAAGAAGACCUGAGAAUGCUGGAAAACUUAUUUCGGUUAUAUUUCCAAGCUUUGGUGAGAGGUACAUUCCCACAGUUCUUUUUAAUUCCAUAUACGAAGAGGUCAAGAAUGUGCAACAAAGAUAGGGUGAUU